GCUUGCUGCAGGGAUCCUGGAAAUUCGGGCCGUUCCCAUGGACCUCAUCGACUUGUCUGCUCUUAAGGUGAAGAUCGAGAACAACAAGACUACUAAGACCUCGCGUGCCACCAUCCACGAGGAAUAUUUUGCGGAGAGGGUUUUUCGGACGGCUGCCCCCUUCUACGGGGCAGCAAGCGUGAAAGUCAACUUUGACAAAUUCGACCCAACAGCAUGCCACUGUUUGGAAAGGAGCGCCGCGGCCGGGAAAGAUUGGAAGAGGAAGUGGGCACAGAAGCGGGAAGUGUACGGCCGGAGGAAAUGGCGAGACGAGGAAGUGAUCAAGUUUGUGCAGCGGGCAACCCAGGACGAGACCUACAUACAAGGACAAAGUGACAAUCCCUUCGAGGGCGUGGGCCGGCUUCCUGCGCUGUUCAAGAAACAGUCGAUGGAAAACGCCAUCGCGGAAAGUAGACACUACGAUGUGGAAAGAAUCCGUGCGCUCAUCGAGGAGCAGGACAACAGGGCCCGGGGAAUCAUCGUGCCGAAAGCGAAAGCCUCGUUCGGCAAGACCGGACCACCUCCAAGGGUUCGCGGCUCCUCCUCGGAUUUGGGUGCGGAGCAGGAGGCUAAAACGCAGAAGACCUCGUUGUUUUCACAGCGACAGAAGGUGGUGCCAGAUGACGGGCGAUCUUCCGUAAGGAAGCGCCCACCUCCAGCAGCAAGCAGUAGUCCUGAUGCACGGUCAGCGCGACGUGACGAUGAUUUUUAUAGGAACGAAGAAACAGGCGUGCUUCCGAAAAAGCCAAAGCUCGCUACGCCGACGGAAAUAACUGCAAGGAAAGAGGACGUGCCGCAAGAACUACAAUCGAAGCGCAAGAAGAACUCCGAGGUCGUGGUGCAACAAGUAAAACUACCUGCUGUUCUUGAGAGUACUAGAGACAGGGCGAGUCCUGCUCGACCACCAAAGGCGGCGAAAGAAAGGCGGUCACGCUCGCGGACACCAAAAGCUCGCAAGAAGAGAAGUAGCUCGCGGGCUCGUACGCCCGCAACGGAGAGGUCGCGGAGCGGUGGGCGACGCAAGAAGGAUCGCAAACGCGACAGCAGCCGGAAGCGAGAUCAUCAUGCCAGUCCUCGCCAACGGAACGACGAGAGUCGGGAGCGCCGCAGGUCGCGGGGCCGCAC